GGUUGCUAUGUCAACCGGCUCUCCUCUUUCGGAAAAAAGAAUUCGUCUCAUCACCAGUUGCGUCGCGUGCGUGUUUGCCGAGGUUUUCCCUUUCGCUAAAAAUCGUCUGCACGCUUUUCCCAAAAUGAGGUCCUGAUCCUGACAGUUCAUAGGUCGAAUGUUUUUAUCUUUAUCCUACUUUCUCGGUAGUACUUCAAACCCUGGAGGGAGGGAAAAAUCGGACGGAUUUAGUGUUUUUCUAUUUUUUAUUGUGCUGACUUGUGAAGUUUCGCUAUAUUUAUAACAGACCAGGACACCUUUGCAUUGUUGAUAUCAUUAAUUCUCGGUAUCGGUUCAGAUAGCCGAGAUAGUAGCAGAGCGUUCUUAUUUCACGACAGCAUUUGUAAAAAAACAGCGAGUGGUUCGAACGUUUUCGAAAUCAGUUGUUCGAAUAGUUGUUCAUUUAAUUGAGUCGAAUCUAAUAUUUUGUGAUAGAGCCGUUAUCGUGAAACAGUUCUUGUUCUUUAAGAACAAUUUUUUAUAAUUUGCAUUUUAUUCUGAAAUAAUUCUUUGAGUAUUCAUCUGAUUGUGAUGAUAAUUCAAUAAUUUCUGAGAUUACCGGUAUUGAGAAAAUUCAUAUUCAUUCAGAACAAUUCUUGAUGUGUAUUUUAUUAUGAAUUUUUGUUUAUUGUCAAUGAAAUAAAACGUAACGUAAAAGGUUUGAUGUCGUCAAGAGAAGAGUUGUUAGUUUUGCUAUUUGAAGAAUGCGUGAAAGAACUUAGAGGACGCCUUGUUAAUUUCAAAGUCGAAAAUAAAUUUUAACCUUGCUUUGUUCCGUGAUCAAGAUGGACCCUUUUAACAGAAAACAACAUGCUUCUCCUGAGGGUGCUUCGAAAAAAAUUAGAUCAAGGAUAUGAUUCUCGAGAAUCCCAGUUAAUUUGUUUCCAAUGAUGGAUACACAUUGUUAGCAUAAAAGAACAAAGAAAAUUGUCCAGUUUAAUUUCAAAGACCGCACCCAAACUUUUCUUCUUCUGUAUCGCGGAGAUUUCACUGCUUCACACUAUUUAUUAUAAUUUUUAUUCUUUUCGUUUUCGCCCUAGGAUUAAACGCGAUCAACGAAAUAGCAAAAAGAACUGAUUCGACCGCUUAGAAGGCCUCACGAACCUAGCGAAGACUGUGAGUGAAAAAAUAAAAGCUACAAAUAAACGUAUUUGUGUUUUGAUUUUUGUUUCUUAGCUUUGAGAAAUAGUUCGCGGGCAAAUAAACGUUUUCACUUCGUCAACAAAGAGAAGAAAAGAGUUACGCAGCUUGUGUGGUUUCUGAUUUCAAAUGCACAGAUUACGUGUGAAAUGUGGACAGUGUUUAUGCAUGAAUUGGCAACUUAAGUGUUGAUCGAAAAUUCUCGGUUUGGAGACCGGUUGGAAGGAACUCUCCACGAUGUUGAAGCUCCUUCUCAGCCACUGGCAAGCCCACAGGGAGCCUCUGCCCUUCGUGCUUACUGACGAUCCACUCUACUGCAGUCAUCUUACCAAAUCUCCUUUUCCAGAAGUCUAUUCAGUCAACAGAGUGAACCCCAUCUUCGAGGAUGAUGAAAUCGAGACCAAGAGUGAGAUCUCCUCCAUCCACUUAAAAAGAUCUCUCAGCGAGGAACAACGAGAAAACGAGACUCGUGCCUCUGACGACACCGGCUAUUCUUCCAGCACCCAUUUCAAGAGUGUCACAACAGCAGACAGCCUCACCGACGAUGUGGGGUCGCUGGAAGCUCGGCACAUGAGCUCGGACUCAGAUGAGUACUCGCAACCAGAAGAAGUCAUCGUGUCAGUCGAUGUCCAUAGGGUGUCCUAUCCUGAAGACGUCAUAGUCUUGUCGUCCAAUUCCUCAAAUUGUAGCCACACCUUCAGUGCCAAUUCUUACAGUAGCAACUUCGAAGAGAGUAGUGACAUUUCGCAGGAGCCAUAUGAUAGUUUGACUAUGUCCAGUACUGCAGACGAAAGGCCAAAAAUAGAAACAAAGAGGCCCAAUUCAUUGGUCAGAGAAAAACUGCAAAGACUGUUAGAGAAAGGUAAUGACCAAUCUUCAGAAGCAUUCUUAGACUCCCUCGACGCAAAACCCAGUGUGGAACGCGAGAUGGAGAAAACCAAAAGUGAUCUGAUGAAGUCCCUAACAAGAGUUCUCAACAACAAAGUGCCAAACAGAGACGAAAGACAAGAAACUGUUACUCGAACAGACAGCGCUCUGGACGACCAACAUGUCAGAUCCAAGUCCCUAGAUCGCAAAAGUACUUCUAGUUCUACUUCGCCAAAGACUUUAUACUUUUCCCAAAACUCUUCUCAGAGAAAUAGUGGUGUAACAAGACAGGACGAAUCGAGCAACUCUAGUUUAAUUAGCUUUACGAAACCGAGGAAGCAUCGCAGCAACAAGCAUUCCUCAGAAAAGGAAUCAAAGAGAAACAGUACUACAAGUAAUCAAGAAUCUUUUGACACUAAAAAAUCCCAUGAAUCCCACAAAUGUAAACUAUGUGAGAAUGCUCAUAGGCCUUUAGCAUUCCACCAGUUGUUACCUGGUCAUUGGAGUUACGACAAUGUAUAUCUUCCUCAAAUGUCAGGCAUGUGCUGUUCCUGUAUGCACCACCACGUCAAUUCGAUGAUUCCUUCCUCCGAUGAUGAUGUUUUCUUCCCUAUGUACUAUCAUCCGCCAGAUGUGGCAAGAGCCAGGCAUUCUUGGGCACCUUAUACCAAUUCACGUGUUUUGCCUGAUAACCUUCCAAAGCGUAAGAGAUCAUCAGAAGACAAAAGCGCCUCUACAACCCAAAAAGACAACAGCAGGGAAACAUCGAGCACAAGAUACGGUUCUGAUGGAAGUUCGAGAGAAACUGAUAGCUCAGAUUCGAACCAGCUGAAGAAGUCUCUGUCCGAGAGGCGAUCGCUCAGAGAACCCAAAAAAUGCAAGUGUGAACACUGCUUAGAGUCAGCGCUGGAUAAAAACGGGGUGCAUCCGUCCCAAUUAGGAAGUCACACAUGCCCCUGCCAUUGCUUAUCUCACAGACGAGUUAAAUUUGCCUCUGACUCGGAUGUUUCACAGCAUAGGCAUAUGCAUUCUGUUCCUUUUCGAAUCGGAAAAGAUGGAGAGAAACUGAUAAAUGGCGAUCCAAUUAAUGCAGCAUUCGUUAUGAGCUUGCCUCAUCUUAAUGGGCAUGCUUUAAGCAGUAACCAAGGGGUCAAAGAAAACGGCCUCAAAUCCAAAAUGGCAUCUCCUAUCAUUCCCAGAGGAUUAAAAGAACCAGUUAAAAUGGACGAACUAUACCGAUCCUACCCGAUCAAUUUCCGAGAAUGGGAAGCACACUACCGAAGAAACUUCCUCCAGAAGCGAAGAAAGAGAGCCCUCAACAUGGUCGGCAUGGCCAUCGGGAUCAUCUUAGUAGUCGGGAUCGCCGUUGCACUGACUUUUGUUUUCCUCAGGAUUAGAAGAACGUGAUGACGGCUUCGGAUAGGUUUAUGAAAUACUGCAACAACAAUUCCCAUGUUUUGAGUAAAAUAUAAAUGCAGUCAAACUUUACUCCGAAUAAUUGAAUUGUGAGUCGCCAAAGCUAAUUCUGUAAAAUAUCCCAUGCCCCAGAUAAGCACAGCCCGUUGCACAAUAUUGUACGAUAUUAUAUGAUAUUAACCAACAUUCCACAAUAUUCCCUAUUAGCACAAAAUACAUAACAAUAUUGUUGCGAUAUUGGCAUGCGUUAAGAAUAUCGUACAGCAUUAUAGAAAUGCCGUACAAUAUCUUGUGAUAAUAGGGUUGAGAAUACUGAUCAAUGUCACACAAUAUUGUACAAUAUUAUAUGAUAUUAACCAACAUUCCACAACAUUCCCUAUUAGCACAAAAUACAUAACAAUAUGGUUGCGAUAUUGGCAGGCGUUAAGAAUAUCGUACAGCAUUAUAGAAAUGCCGUACAAUAUCUUGUGAUAAUAGGGUUGAGAAUACUGAUCAAUGUCACACAAUAUUGUACAGUAUUUGGAUGCUGCUAGGGAUAUUAUGAAACAAAUAAAUAAUGAAUCCGAGGCCUUAAUGAUAAAUUACUUUUCAUUAGAGUAACACUUAAUAUGGAAUUCAUUAAUAAAAAUAUUCAUAAUCUUAACUGAAUUAAAUGUCGUAUUUAUAUUUUACUUUAGUGGCCUUUGGUCUUAAAUGUUAUGUAAUAUGUGAUGAAUAACCGAAACUUGACCAUUAUUUAUAAGUUGGCACUGCUGUCAAAGAUUAUGUCAGAUAUAGUGGCGUAAAGAGGAUAAUAUGCGGAUGGCGCAAAAUAUAGUCUUUUCGUCGCCAAGUCAUUACUGAAGCGUAACAAAAAUAAAAUAGAGACUAGUGCAUGUUAUUUUCUUGUCUUUCAUCAUACCGAAGUUACAUAAAUGUACUAAUAUUUGGUCUAUACGGAAUCCGAAACAUUUACACUGGCCUGUGCCAUCUAGUUUCUGCGCCUCUGCUUCAAUAUUUGGCAUAAAGAUUGGCGGUCAAAUAGAAAAAACACGUCGCACUAAUUUUGCCAAUAUGUUUAAAGCCAAAUAGGUAGCCCAUGAAUUCUUACUAUGCCUAUAAUGAUAUGAAAUAGAUAUUGACGAGUCUAAAAAUUUUACCAUGUACCAUAUUUAGUUGGCAACCGAAUCCUCUUGUGCAUGUCUUGCUAGCACAAUAAUCGUUAAUUUACUUGAGUUUGAGAAAUUAAGAUUAUUUAUUCAUUUUCUUACAUUACAAUAUUUCACACCAAUCAAUUCGGUUUUUUUGUCUUUUUCAUAAUAGAAUUCAUAAAGUUUUGCAAUGCCUUCCACUGACGAGUUUCCAUUAGGUAAAUGCAUAGGGCUAAAUAAAUAAACUUGUAAAAAAUGGAAAUUAUAUAUUAAGAAUAAUAUUAGCACUUUGUCAUGUACAAUUGGUCAUGUUCUUAUUUACUUCAUAACAAUUAGCAUAGUAUUUAUAAAAACGGCCUGCUUAAAUAAUAUUGUGUAAAAAUAGUUUGUGAGUAGAAAGCUAGAUUAUUAAAUAGGCACAUGCCUAAGGACCCACAAUUUUAGAGCACUCAAAGCCCUAGGUUUUUUUUUUUUUUUUUUUUUUUUGCAUUAUAUUUAAAAAUUAUUUGAUUUUAUGUUUUCAUUUGAUUAUAAAGCCAUGGAAUCGAAUUUACUCAAAUAUUAUUUUAAUCAAUUUGGAACAUUAUUCCUAAUUAACAACCAUUUGAAAUUUUUAUAUUGUAUUAUGUUAUUUUAUAUCCUAAAAGAUGCUAUAUAAUUUUUUUUAACUAUCCAAUCCCAUUAUUGAAUAUUAUUUAAAUUGUGACCAGCUAAGUACCUUUUUUUGCAUUAUUGUUUUUAAUUAUUUUUAAAUCGCAAUUUAACAUAUUUUUAUAUUCAGUACUUUGAAACAUUUUUUUUUUUUUAAAUGACCUUAAAGUAAAUGUUUUAUUAUUUCAGUUUGUCAAAAUUUGCUACUUAAAAUUACUUAAAUGAAAAUAAAAUUAAAAAUCGAUAAAGGGAUAUUUGGUUUUGAAAGUUUGGAGGAAAAAGGGGCCCCCGAGAUUUACAUAGCUUAAUGGCAAUUACAAGACAUAAUCUGGCCCUGAUAUGUAGUCAUGAGUUGCAAUAAAUAAAUUAAAACAUAUACAUUUCCACAAAGCUUCUAAAAAAAUUAACCUAAAAUAAAUCAUUAAAUGAUGAUUAGAUUUAAAAUGAGUGAAACAGUUUAUUAAAAAAAGGAAGCCACAUAUUGGGCAUUGUUCAUUGAAUGCUUAAAUCUGCCAAUGAUCUCUUUCAUAACAAUUAAGGUAACAGAAGCAUUUAAUAUUGUUUCAUAAUUUGUCAUAUGGUACAAAAAAAAUCUUUGAAUAAACAUUACAUUGAUGUUUGUUUAUUGUUGUUUGGAUAAGUGAUUUCUUUACAUAUGAUUAUUUUAAGUUUUAAACUUUUAUAAAAUAUCAUACACAUGGGAAAUUAGAUGAACUGUAAAUAGUAACUGAUGAAGGCACUACAAUUCAAGUUCUUUGUAGUAAUGUUUGACUGUAUCUGACUGAUUUUUGGAACCCAUUCAAUAUUAGAUGCAACACACUUUCACCCUUCAGAUUUAUUCUGCAAAAGAAUAAAUUAAAAAAAGGUAAAAUUCCACAAAAAGAGAAAUCUGCAUAAUCACGUAAGCAUUGCAGGUUCAAUGUAUGUUUGAAAAUGCCUACAAAGUCCUAUAUUUAUUCGAUAAUUUCUUUUGUGAGUGAAAUUGUCUCAAAUUUUUCUUUUUAAGUGUUUGUCAUUUAAAAUUUGAAAUAUAAAAAAAAUCAUGAAAAAUGAAAUAAAUACUAUAUA